UGGUUAAGUAAGUAUAAAGCACUAAAGCUGUAGAUUGAAGUCUGUCUCGCUGAGCUCGCGCGCUUCCUCUCAUUCAUUCCUACACCUGGGCUCACACGCCUGCUCGCCUCUCGUUCUCUCUCUCAGAAUGACAGUUCUAGGGACUGCUUUUGGUAUUGUUUUCUAUUUGCUUCAGGUCGUUUCUGGAGAAAGUGGCUAUGCACAGAACGGAGACCUGGAAGACGCAGAACCGGACGACUACUCCUUCUCCUGCUACAGUCAGCUGGAAGUGGAUGGUUCCCAGCACUUGCUGAGCUGUGCUUUUGACGACCCGGACAUCAACAGCACCCAUCUGCAAUUUGAAAUAUGUGAAAGCCUUGUGAGUGUAAAAUGCCUGACAUUAAGGAAACUGCAAGAGAUAUAUUUCAUCAAGACAAAUAAAUUCUUACUGAUUGGAGACAGCAAAAUAUGUGUGAAGCUUGAACAAAAGGCCUUAACUUGCAGAAAAUUGAACAUAAUCCAUAUAGUUAAACCAGAGGCUCCUUUUGACGUAAGAGUCAUCUAUCGUGAGGAAGCAAAUGACUUUGUUGUGACAUUUAAUACAUCGCACUUGUGGAAGAAGUAUGUCAAACAAUUAAUACAUGAGGUAGCCUACCGCCAGGAAAAGAAUGAAGGCGAUUGGAUGCACGUGAAUUUAUCCAGUACGAAGCUGACACUCCUACAGAGAAAGCUACAACCUGAUGCAAUGUAUGAGAUUAAAGUCCGAUCCAUCCCCACCAUGAUUUAUUUUAAAGGCUUCUGGAGUGAAUGGAGUCCAAGUGUCCACUUCAGAACUCCAGAGACCAAGGUCCCAGGAAGGCUGGAGCCUAUUCUACUAACAGUCAGCAUUCUGAGUUUCUUCUCUCUGGCUGUGAUGGUCAUCUUGGCCUGUGUGUUAUGGAAAAAAAGAAUUAAGCCUAUUGUAUGGCCCAGUCUCCCUGAUCAUAAGAAGACUCUGGAGCAACUGUGCAAGAAACCAAAAAAGAAUUUGAACGUGAGUUUCAAUCCUGAAAGUUUCCUGGACUGCCAGAUUCACAAGGUGGAUGGCAUCCUAGCUAGAGAAGAAGUGGAAAGCUUCCUUCAAGACACAUUUCCGCCACAUCUGGAGGAAUCUGAGAAGCAGAGGCUUGGAGGGGGUGUGCAGGGCCCCAACUGGCCAAUAGAGCAUGUGGUCAUCACCCCAAAACCUUUCAGAGAAGAUACACCACCCAAGUGCCUGACUGGGAAUGCGAAUGUGUGUGGCACCCCUGUGCUCCCCUCCUCCCGGUCCCCAGACUGCAGGGCAGGUGGCAAGAACGGGCCCCCUGUGUACCAGGGCCUGCUGCUUGGGCCUGGAACGACAAACACCACUCUGCACCCUCCGUUUUUCUUCCCAUCAGAAAUCCUGAUAUUGAACCCAGCUGCCCAGGGACAGCCCCUCCUCACUUCCUUGGGAUCAAAUCAAGAAGAAGCGUAUGUCACCAUGUCCAGCUUCUACCAAAACCAGUGAGCUGUCAGAAACCCAGGACUGGAACCAUGCGAGCAACAAAGACGGCUGAGCUCCCACUCCCUUCACAGCACAGAGACAGAACUAACCCACCCCUCUCCUUACCUACAGGAUUCUGAACCAUCGCUUACCCCACCCUCCCCCUACCAGCAUGGGGCAGGGACAUUCUGCUUUGGGCAGUCCAAAUGAUGCAAUUAUUUCAGAAAGUACAAAAAGCAGAAAAGAGCCAAAGAACGAGUGGAGGAAAUGAUGAAGAUGGGGGCAGGGAAGGCAGGAAGCGAGCCGGGAAGAAGAGGGCGUCCAGGGCUGGAGGAGGGCUGCUGUCAGGAGGACUUGCCGUGCGUCUGGGGCUGGAGGAGGGCUGCUGUCAGGAGGACUUGCUGUGCGUCCAGGGAUGGAGGAGGGCUGCUGUCAGUAGGACUUGCUGUGCGUCCAGGGCUGGAGGAGGGCUGCUGUCAGUAGGACUUGCUGUGCGUCCAGGGCUGGAGGAGGGCUACUGUCAGUAGGACUUGCUGUGCGUCCAGGGCUGGAGGAGGGCUGCUGUCAGGAGGACUUGCUGUGCGUCCAGGGCUGGAGGAGGGCUGCUGUCAGUAGGACUUGCUGUGUGUCUGGGGCUGGAGGAGGGUUGCUGUCAGUAGGACUUGCUGUACAUCCAGGGCUGGAGGAGGGCUGCUGUCAGGAGGACUUGCUGUGCGUCCAGGGCUGGGUCAGGACUCGGCAUGUCUCCCUGCACCCUCACCAUACUGGGAGAUGGGAGCAGUUCUUACUAUCAUUAUUAACUAUUAGUAUUCUCUUUGUUAUAGAUGAUGAAACGGAGGCUUAAAGUAACCGCCAUGCUUCCCACUCAGAGAGGGUGGGGACCAGAGUCGCUGCCGAGAGUCCAGGGCAGUCCGCCCGCAGCCAUGCCUUCCUCCUGACUAGGGGCUGUCCAUUCUCCAGUACCAACCCUCCCUAACAGCAAGACGACUAGAUAAUCUGUGUCCAAACUGGGUCACUUUAGAAAGUGAAAGGAGGUUAUAAAUAGUUACUCCAGGACAAUAAGCAUGCACCGGGAGUGUCCCGGACAAGUGGAGAUAUAAUAGGAGAGCUGUGGGGAAGGAAGUACGGGAGAAAGUCGUGACGUGUGAAGCACCAGGCAGGGCCCACCGCAUCCACACGAAGUGAAGGAGGCAGCCAAGUGCCAAAGCCCAUUUCAUUUCAUUUUCCUGAAGAAGUGCGGGAGGGGAAGCCCGGGAUGUCUAUUGCUGGUUAUCACCAACCCAACCUCUUGCUACCUCACUCAGCUGCUUCCAUGGGUGGAAGAAAAACCUGUUGCCCGCUCUGGUUCUGGUGCAUGAGAGCAGUGAACGGGGAGUCACCCUCUGUGUGUGUAGAGGAGGCCCCGGCCCAACUCGUCCCAAGAUCUGCAGCCAUAGACGGGAAGCGAAGAGGGGUAGACGGUCAGGGUUCUGUUUGGGGCUGGUUGUCAUUGUUGUUGUUUAUGUUUUGUGGGGUUUUUUUUCUUUGUUCUGAUUGGAGUUCGUUUGGGAGGGGACUGUUUUCAAUUUUCUUGUUUGUGGCUGUUUUGUUUUGUAAUGUCUGUGAAGGGAGUUUAAACGGUGGACUAAUCCACAUUAUCUGUUGGUUUAGACCCAACAGUAAUCAAUCAGAUCAUCUCACUCUUCAGUCGGGGGUUGCACUUGCCAAGUCCUUUUGUCUGAUCAGGAGUAAUGAACAUAAUCCCGUAACCCCGCAGUCUCGCUUUGUGCCUGUGGUUUUUCAAGCACCCCCAUGAGCAUUAUCUCUCUCAUUUCCUUGAUAAGGAUUCAUGAACAGCCUGCUAUGUGCACACCACCGGAUUAGGAACAGGAGAUCUAAGAAGCAAGGUUGGGACCCUGCCCCCAUUAAGUGAACAAUUUAAUGAAACUGGCAGCUUUGUAAACUAGUGGUUGUAAUGAUGUGAAGUGCUACAGCGGAGACCUGUUCACAGUGCCCUGCUGGAGACAGGGACAUACCACAAAAUGACACACAGUGGCAAGGAGGAAAAGCAGAACCUGCUGAUGUGUAGGUAGAAGACAUCUUCCCCAGGUGGGCAUGUGUUCGUUACCCUUUGAAGAAGUGGGAACCAAGGUGACCUCAAAGAGAAAGCCAUCCCAGAAAACCUCAUGCCCGGCCCAGCUGCCUUGUACCUUAUUCAGAGAGGCCCUCUGCAGUAUGUGUUGCCGUUUUCUCUGACUUAAGGAAAAAUUGAGACACAGAGAAGACAGGUAAAUUACUCAGGCUUCCUCAUUAACUCGGGAAUAGAAGCCAGAAGUUCAUAUCCCUGGAAAAAGUAGGCAAUCUCUUAAAGAAAUGAAGAGAAAAGUCAAGGUCCCUCCAGCUUUAAAAUAUAUUUUAGUGUUGUUUGGCAUAGGUUAUAAUUUGAAUUUAGAGUGUGACUGUCACUGCAGGCAUUGAAAAUCAUGUAUUAUAAUUGUCACUGCUGCUAAUGCUUGAUCAUAUACUCAGAGACGACGUAUACUGUAAGGUCACAAAUUUCUUCUGACCAACCACACUUUGGAUUUUAUUAAGCAAGAAAAAUUUCUGGUCAGAGACAAAGUAUAAGUGAGAGAUGAAAACUGCUAGUUCUGUAUAGCAAGAAAUGGAAAGAAAGCAGAUAGACAGCUAAAGUUGGUCAAUGAAACCACUAUACGUCUGGAUCUUGGGAUCCCUGGCUCAUUCAGUUGGCUUUCGACCAGCCCUUGCUUCUCUUGUCAUCCUGGUUUCCAUGGGAAUUUGCUUCAGAAAGCCAAGUUUGGGCUGUUUCACAUGUGUAUUCUUGUGUUCAUAGCAUUGCUACAGGGGCUUCAAGACAGACGUAGCCAAGGAGACGCUGACCAUACAUGGAUGGACAAUUGGAAAGAUACAGAUCAGAUGGGGCUAUUCUUAAAAGUAUCCAUUGUUCACUACAGUAAACAUUCCUGAUUUGAAUGUGUACUUUCCACGUGCAUUAAAAAUGUUUUGCAGAGCUGCUAAGUAUAUAAGUAUCCGAUAUGUAUUACCAUCUCAUACUUAAUUAAAUGCUAUGGACCUCUUUGUGACUGUACUUGUCUUCUGUGAGAAAUACGGAUGCAGGGACACCCCGGUGGCCACAGUUCUCUUUGGAAAGGAAACAUUCUGGUGCCCUUUGCUGUCAUUAUAUAGGUUUGGAUUUUCAGAGAAGACUGUUUCAUCAAUUAAGUAGUUAAUUCACAUAUUAAUCAAUUAACAGAAAUGUGUUGAGGAUUUGCUUUGCACUGUGCUGGACACUGGGCUGUCAGAGAUGAGAUGGGAUGGUCCCAGCUUGGAAACACAUGGGGACAAAGACACACAGGAACGGUUACAGUGUGAUAUCAUUUCUUCAAGGCUAAGUAUCAUCAGAAUUCUUAGCUUUGAGCAAUGAACAUCAAUUUGGCUAAUUUCAGCAGAAAAGGAAUUGAUUAAAGGCUAAUGAGGGCACUCAGACUAUCUGGGAGGAUGGAAGAAUCAAACAUGGGAGUCACAGAGACAGCCUUGUCUCCACCACUGGUAGCUCUCGCAGCAGCCCUGUGACUUCACAUCACUCUCGGCUGGUUUCAAGGCAGAGCUGCAGCCCGUGGCCAGUUGCAACUAUGCCCAGCUCAUGAGCCGAGGACCUAGCAACGGGAGCCUCUUCUACAGUGAGAGGCAGGCUCGGCCUCAGAGAACGGGGCGUUCCCCAAGUAAAGGAAAGAAGUUCUGCGUGCACACACACACACACACACAUACACGCCUUAGAGAAGAAGCUCCAAGAAGGGUAAGGUGAAGGAAGUCACACUUAAUGUGGUGGCACACAGUACAUAGGUGGGUGCCUGAUCAAGGAGCCUGGAGUACGAAGGAGACAUUUCCGAGCAGAAGAAAGAGCAUGUUCAAAGUCAUGGAUCUGUGACAAGUAAUGGAACAUUACUUGUUACAAAUACACUGGGUGAUGUUCCCUUAUUGGUCUCAGCUGCAAACAGUAGGGUGUUGGUGGUUACUCCUGAAAGUAAGACACAGGAAACUUUCAUAAAAAUAAAACAUAAAAAAUAGGUAUUUUCCUGUAACACUUUAUUUUAAUUAACAACAUAUAUCUGUAUAUCCAUUCUGCGCUCUUUUGGUACAAGGCCAAGGCUGAUCCUUUGAGUGACACACACCAUCAUGCAUCAUCUUCUCUUUCUAAUUCUGCUUCCUUUAAAGUGGAAAAGAGCUUUCAAAAAAUAUUUAAGUGCAGUUGCCUAACUCUUAAGGAUCUCCCACACCAAUCUUUUAUUAUCACCUUUCCAACUGUACACUAGCAGGAUUCUGUCAACGUGGCUUGAUGAAGUCUUUUCAAACCAUUCAAGGUUGUUCUCACAGAUCAACAUCAGUCUUACUUUGCAUACUCAUAUUUCAUCAGCUUGCAUAAUAUCAUUGCAGAAACAAGUUCGCUGGCCUACAUAAGUCUGGGAGCAGACAGGACCGACUUGGGUGAGUUUAUGUCUCAUUUGUUGGGUACAGCAUACACUGGAGGACAGCCCUGUGGCAGCCGAGUCUCAAUGUGGGUGUCAAUGUAUCUCACAGAGAGCAUGGCGAGUGCUGGGCCAUUGGCAGGUGGUCCAGUGGAAAUCGUCUGCGGCCAUCAACUUCUUAGCAUUCCUAGUCCAGAGAGUGUGCCAAGCAGUGGCUGAGAUGACACUUGGCAGAAUUGGUGGCGAGCAAUGGUUAAGCCUUUGACAUGCCAGUCCAAGAUAUGUUGAUUUAGUCUGAAGAGGAUGAGCAUAUUUAGGAGGAUUUUAAUCAGGAGUGUGGCAUAAUAAAUUUCAUGUGUGUAUCAGAGUUUACGAAGGGAACCUGAUGCACCUUCUACUUACCCUAAUGUCCCCACACUGAUUUGUAGUGAUCUAAUUUGUCUGAUUCUCCCCAGGCUCCUAAGCACUCUGUCAAAGAGGACUAUGACUUAUUGAGGUGCAUGCCAAUUACUAAAUAUAGCAUCUAAAAUCUAGAAAACACACAAUCAUAAAUGGAGUGAAUGAAUCAACAUAUUAGGGA